GCCAGGUGGAGACCCGGGGGCCGCGAUGGGUCGCCGCCGCCUGCCGGUCUGGCUGUGCGCCGUCGCGGCGCUUCUCUCGGGGGCGCAGGCCAAGGGCACCCCGCUCCUCGCGCGGCCCGCGCCGCCCGGUGCCUCCCGCUACAGCCUCUACACGACGGGAUGGCGCCCGCGGCUGCGCCCGGGGCCGCACAAGGCCCUCUGUGCCUACAUUGUACACAGGAAUGUGACCUGUGUCCUACAGGAGGGAGCGGAUAACUACAUAAAGGCUGAGUACCGGCAGUGUGGAUGGGGGCCCAACUGCCCCGGGACAGUCACGUACCGCACAGUGCUCAGACCCAAAUACAAGGUGGGCUACAAGACAGUGACCGACCUCGCCUGGCGUUGCUGCCCCGGCCUCGCUGGAGAAGGCUGCCCCGAGCAUCUCACGGACCACGCGGCCGCCCCACCUCAGCCGGAGCCUGAGGCCCAGGUUCCCUCGGGGCAGGUGGGCCCAGGCCCCAGGCCCCUUCCUUCUAGCAGAGCAGCCUCCAGCCCCCACGGAAGGAAAGGCCCAGGGCUGUUUGGUGAACGGCUGGAACGCCUGGAGGGUGAUGUCCAGCGCCUGGCACAAGCAUAUGGUACCCUCAGUGGCCUGGUGGCCAGCCACGAAGACCCCAACAGGGUGACUGGUGGCUCCAAUGCUCCUGCUGCCCCUGUGGGCUUUGGGGUCAUCCCCGAGGGGUUUGUGAACCCCAGAGACAGAGCUGGAGGACCACUCACUCCUCCUCUGGAUGAGAUCCUGAGCAAGGUGACAGAGGUGAGCAACACACUCCGGACCAAGGUGCAACUGCUGGACGAGGUGCAUGGACUGGCCCUCGGCCAUGAGGCUCACCUGCAGCGGCUGCGGGAGAGCCCCCCAUCUCCGCUCACCUCCCUGGCGCUGCUGGACGAGUAUGUGGACCGACGGCUGCACCGACUCUGGGGGAACCUGCUGGAUGGCUUCGAGCAGAAGCUGCAGGGUGUCCAGAAUGCGUGCGACCUACAGGUGCAGGAGGUGCGGCAGCAGUUCGAGGAGGGCCAGGCGGCCAGCCGGAGGCUGCACCAGAGCCUGGAUGGCCGGGAGCUGGCCCUGCGCCGGGAGCUCUCACAGCUGGGUACCCGGCUGCAGGGCUUGGGCGUGGCUGGCAGGGGCAGCUGCUGUGGCCAGCUGGCCUUGAUCAGUACCCGCGUAGACAGCCUCGAGAGGAAGCUGCAGGCAGUGACCGAGGCCCAAAGGGGCCACAGCCCCCCCGACGGGAAUGACCUCACACGGCUCUCUGCUGCCAUGCUCGAGGGGGGCGUGGAUGGGCUGCUGGAGGGCUUGGAGACCGUCAACAGCACAGAGGGUGGAGCCAGGGGCUGCUGUCUGGGGAUGCAGGAGGGGGGCUGGGGUGUGCGUGGCUUCCACACCAUGCUGGAAGAGCGCGUGCAGAGGCUGGAGGAACGCCUGCUGACGCUGGCUGGGGAGCCGAGCCACGAUAGCGCUCCUGCAGGCAGAUCGGCUCGCCCGCUCGUGCAGACGGAGCUGGCGGUGCUGGAACAACGGCUGGUUUCACUGGAGGCCUCGUGUACCCCUAGGACCACCCUAGCCAUCCUGGACAAUCUCGUGGCCGAAGUGAAGGCCUGGCAGAGCCGGAGCGAGGCCCUCCUACGCCAGGUGGCCAGCCAUGCGGCCCUGCUCCAGAAGCUCAAUGGCACCGUGGCUGAGGUCCAGGGGCAGCUGGCAGAAGCAGCGGGCAACUCCCUCCAAGGCGAGAUCACCCUGCUCAAGGUCAAUCUGAACUCUGUGAGCAAGUCGCUCACGGGCCUCAGUGACUCUGUCAGCCAGUAUUCUGAUGCCCUCUUGGCCGCCAACACAUCCCUGGAUGAGCGGGAACGCAAGGUGGAGGCUGAGGUCCACGCCAUCCAGGAGCAGGUCAGCAGCCAAGGCUCGUGGCUUCGGGCCGGACACAGGCAGGUCCUGAGCCUGCGGGGGCAGCUGGAGCAACUCAAGGCCGGCGUGGCCAGUGUGGCUGGCAGGCUGAGCCGCUGCCAGGACACGGCCCAGGAACUGCAGCUUGCGGUGGGUCACUUUGACCAGAGGGUGGCGCAAGUGGAAGGUACCUGUGGGAGGCUGGGCCUGCUGGCUGCGGGCCUGGACAGCUUGGCGGCUGAGUCCCUUGGGCCCAGGGAGGGCCUGUGGGACCACGUGGACCAGCUGAACCGCACGCUGGCCCAGCACGCAAAGGACAUUGCCCGCCUCCAGGAUGACCUGCUGGACUGCCGGGCCCAGCUGGCCGAGCAGGUCCGGGCAGGGCAGGCCGACUAGGUGGGCUGGACAGGCCAACCCCCAGAUCCCGCCAACCCUGGGGACCCUCCCCCAGAGCCCAGCCUUGCCUAGCAGUGCCUCCCAGCCUCCCCUGGCCAGCACGGAUGCCAUUUCAGAGGGCCUUGAAGGAACAGUGUGGGUCUGGCUCCACCUGACUGCCCAGGCACCAACUGGGCAAUUCAGGACUGCGGUCAAGGCCAGGACGUCAUGCCUGAAGGCCGGGGUGGCCCCAAGAGACUGCACCACCCACGGUCUGCAAAUCGCUCUUCUGCAGACACACCAGUUAGCAUCUGCACAGACCUUCAGGUCCGUUCUCGGACAGCAGUCUCUCCGCAUCUCCCUUCGCCUGUGGACAGCAGCUCCAAGCCCUUAGAGGCUUCUCAGCCACCUGGGCUUGGUUUCUUCAGGAAGGUCGUGCCCACUGGCACUGUCCUCCCACCUGGCAGCUUCAAGGAUGCUGUUCCUGAACUAAGGACCAGAGGUUUCCACCACCCUGCGGGUCCUUCAGGACAGAACGGAAACACAAGGACUCAGUGGAGAGUUCUCUUUAUUCCUUUUGAUUCUCUCCCAAGGUGAGGGCUUAGGCAGCCGCGGAUUCCCGGAGGAAAGGAUGGGGUCCAAGUGAUCUGUUUGGAGACGCCUCCCACUGUAAUUUAUCCUUUUCGUUCCCCUCCCCAAAGAUGUUUUUGGGGUACUCUGGUCCCCACGUGAUCCUCUCCUUCCCACUUGGAGGAGAAUCUCCCUCCACCCCAGGUUAGGGCCUCUCUCCAAAGGGUGGCCCUCAUGCACAUCAUGGCCUGAAUGAGGCCAGACCCUGCGCAGGAGGCCACAGCUGGAGGAAAAGGGCUCCAGGCCUAGUUUCCAACAUCCUUGGAAAACCCCAGCCCUGCCCGGAUGUUCACAAGGUGGUGAGAAAUUCAGGUAUGAAAACAUGAGGACACAAGCGUUCGUCUGGCCUGCGUACGCCCCAGAGGCCCAUCCCUGCUGAGGUUCCCAGCCUCAGUUUCCCCACAGCAGCUCGGGCCCUUCCAUGGUGUUUUGCAGGUCCCUGCAGCCCCACCUUCUGGGUUCCUGACAUUUGGUGUUCUGCCCCCCACUUUGGUGCCGUUGGGGGAGGGCAGGCCUGGAUUAAAGCUUUUAGCCUGUCUAAAGGAAUUUUCUUCCCCAA